GCCCCCCAGGAGCUCGGGUUUCGGACGGAGGCUGGUUUGGGAGGCCCGGAUCUGCUGGUACGUCCGGCGCGAACUGGGCUGACCCGACCGAGAGGGGUGCUGAGCCGGGCGACAUGGCCUCGCCCUUCCUGUCCACCGGGGCCACCACGGGCGACAGCGGCGGCGAACUGAGCUCUGGGGACGACUCUGGGGAUGUCGGCGAAUCCUUGCCGAGUCCGGAGACCGAAGCGUCGGGGAACCUGUCCGAGCUGUUCGAGAAGGCUGCAGCGCACCUCCAAGGCCUCGUUCAGGUGGCCAGCCGGGAGCAGCUCCUGUACCUGUAUGCGAGGUACAAGCAGGUCAAAGUUGGAAAUUGCAAUACUCCUAAACCAAGCUUCUUCGAUUUUGAAGGAAAGCAAAAAUGGGAAGCCUGGAAAGCUCUUGGUGAUUCAAGCCCCAGCCAAGCAAUGCAGGAAUAUAUCGCAGUAGUUAAGAAAUUAGAUCCGGGUUGGAAUCCUCAGACAUCAGUGAAGAAAGGAAAAGAAGCAAAUACAGGGUUUGGAGGACCAGUUGUGAGUUCACUAUAUCAUGAAGAAAUCAUCAGGGAAGAAGAUAAAAACAUAUUCGAUUAUUGCAGGGAAAACAACAUUGACCAUAUAAACAAAGCCAUCAAAUCAAAAAAUGUGGAUGUGAAUAUGAAAGAUGAAGAGGGCAGAGCUCUACUCCAUUGGGCAUGUGACCGAGGGCACAAGGAACUUGUCACAGUCUUGCUUCAGUGCAGAGCUGACAUUAACUGUCAGGACAAUGAAGGUCAAACAGCUCUACAUUAUGCUGCCGCCUGUGAGUUUUUGGACAUUGUGGAGCUGCUGCUGAAGUCUGGCGCCGACCCCACGCUCCGCGACCAGGAUGGCUGCCUGCCGGCAGAGGUGACAGACUGCAAGGCCGUGUCGCUGGUGCUGCAGCAGCACACAGCUGGCCAGGCUUAGCCAGGGCACCAGCCACGCCCGUGCUGUCCGGCACAGGGCUUCGGUGACGAAGGCAAAUGGCAAAUAUAACACUCCUUUUGAUAGUCACUGGCUAAUAAAAUCAGGACAUUCUGAGGAAGUGGGAUUUUGAAGCCUCAGCAGUUCA